CCCAGACCACGAGGCCCACAUGCUGGCCUAGCCAUACUGUUCGCUCGUUCAUCCGUUGAGACAUCUUGGGGAGGGACCAACAACAAGCGUGCCGAACCUAGGCCACGCGUUGUGCUAUAAGGGAACAGCGAGUGCUCAAGAUAGAACUUGGGGUCCGCAUUUCCUAGUUCCUGAGCCUUAUCAAUCCUAGAAGCUAUAUACAGAACACCAUGUUCCGGUCACCACUCUUCGCUUGGUCGCCACGACCAGACCAGGACCAGGACAUCGAGGCUUCUCCGGCAACAUCAUCGCCAUCUCGGUUUGGCGCCUUUCGCAGCAAUGUGCGAACAUUGGUCAACGGCUCGUCAGUCUAUUCACAGUCGCCAGCUCUCACCAAUACCAACAACCACAACGAGACAACACCAAAAGUACCAUUUCGUGGAUUCUGGAGCCGCCAGCAAUCGCCCGAUCCAAAUGCACAGCAUGUCUCAGAUGAUGAGCCCCGCGACUCACGUGACUCAAGGGCACCUCUUUCACAUCAUACCGCAGGCUCAUAUAUUGGCGCCAUUCAGGAUCCUCAAGAGCCAGCAACAGUAUACUCACGUCACCCAGCGGAUGUACAAUUACCAUCUGACCACGAUGGCCCUGUAGAUCCAGCAAUUCAGCAACCUGCAGACGAGGCCAAUGGAAGGCGGCAUAGGCGGCGCAAGCACCGGAGGAGAACGAAUCGUGCGGAUCGACGUGAACAGUGGGUGCGAAGAAGAGAUGAGCGAGGGUCCAGUGGAAUCUAUGUCAGGGGAUCAGCUGCGCGACGGAAGAUGGUUGCUGUUGUGAUAUCCGGAACCUUUCUGAUCGUCAUUCUAUCCAUCUAUCUGGCAUUGGCCCUAACCAACAAAGACCUCGGCCAAGAAAUCCACAUCCUCUUCAUCAUGGUGCUGCUCACCGUCACCAUCUUCUUCUGUCACUCCCUCAUCCGCCUCUGCAUGCUCAUACUGAAUCCGCCGAGCGAAGAAAGACAAUUCAUCCCCAACAUGCUCGGCUCCGAGGGCUUCCAACCCAUCAUCCCGAUCCGCGUCCACCUCCGCCGCGACGAAGAAGCCGCGCUAGAAAACGACGCCCUAGAAAAUGACAUGGACAUUGACGACCCAGAAAAAAACAUGCCGCCCCCACCCCCACCCGCCUACGGCCUCUGGCGCAGCAGCGUCCGCGUAGAUCCCAACCUCAUCCACUGGCAGCGCGUCGACGCCCUCAGCGAGCGCGGAAGCGCAAUGUCCUCGCAAAUGCCAUCGCGUGUGGGUUCCGUGACCGAGCAAAUUCCUCCGCUACCCACUUCUUCGCGCGCGGCAUCCGCGGUAGCAGAGGGUCCGCGACCCCCCUCGUACGUCUCCGAAGACGGAAUCAGUUACGUGGUCGAGGCUGCGCCGCGGUCUACAGUCACCAACAAUCGCGAUAGUCACUCGGGAUAUAGUGAAAUACAUCCUGCGUGGCGGCCUGGCUACGCCAUGAGUGAAAUCAGAGGCGGCGAGCUGCCUGCGGUUGCGAAUUUUAGUAGACCGUAAAGAAGUUUUGAAAGAAAAAAAAUGUUUUAUCUGUUCAUUGCAUUUGCACAUCUUCUCUUGUUGUUGUCAUUUGUUCGUUCUGCUUGUUCAAAAAUAGCGAGUCCGGUGUCUACUUUUCUUCCAUCUCGUCCCGCUUCAAAGGUAUUCGCAUCUUCAUUUUCCAGCCUUGGAUCAAGGAAUAAUUUGAGCGUUCUCGCUAGUCUUUUCACACUAGGCAUUUGCAUUUCCGUCUAUCUUCAUCUUUGCAAGCAUAAGCAUAGUUUAUUAUUAUUGUUUUCUUUUUGGUAUCAAACGUACAAUACGGGCAUGUACACAUUCACACACACACACACACACAUACUCGCACAUUUACACAAGCAUUACACGGUUUAGUCUAAGCAAUCAGCAUAUGUAAAAUGCGGAAAAAAAAUAUUAAGCGUUCAAUUCUUC